UGCCAUCUUGGUAGUCUCUCAGCUCAAUAAAGACAUGAUAUGAAGAGUUGAGUUAGAGAUAAAGUAGAGAGUUGCUUUUGAGGAAUAUUGUUUAAGAGACUACAAAAUCCGCCAUGCAUAUAAACAAGGAUAUGAAGACGUUAAGCAUUUCCAGGUCGUUGUGAAAAGCGUUUGUCUAAGUUGUGUUAUCUCUAACAAGCCAACUCAAUGGCGAUGCCGCCAAGAAACAACCGCAAAGCGGAACCACCACCACCAUCUUCUUCUUCCGCCGCUGAUAACUUCUCUCCUGCUCCUCUGACGAAACCUACUACUUUCCCACCAGGCUACAAGUUCGUACCAAGCGAAGACGACCUCAUCGUGCAUUACUUGAAACCCUUCUUGCAAAGCAACAACAACCCACCACCCAACGUCCCAAUUCACCGCGUGAACAUCUACGAGUCAAACCCUGAACGACUUUCAAAGGAAUACGUCAAGGGUAACGAUAAAGAAUGGUUCUUUAUAACGGAGAGGACAAAGAUGCAUGAACGUGGUAAAAAGAAACAGAAUCGAAGCGACAAUGGUGGAUUCUGGAGGGCAAGAUCAUCUCUCGAGGAGUUUAAAACUCGAACAGGGGUGGCCUUUUCGAGAAGGGUACUGGAACACUACAUGGGGAACAACCAAAAUGGUGUUAAAUCAGAAUGGCUGAUGUACGAGUAUUUGACUGAGUCUUUUCCUGGAGACAAGUCAAAUGGUGAUAUUGAUAACGAAAGGGUGGAUUAUGCUCUGUGCAAGAUCUACAUGACGCCUAGGGGAAUGAAGAGAAAAGCAGAGGAAGAAGAGAACGAGAAGAAAGAAGAAGGAGGUGAAGUAUCACAAGAGGUUGAUCAGCCUUGUAAUCCUGCGGUUCAGCAGACGCAUCUUCCACCACAGCCUUGCCCAUUUUCAUCUGAUGAGUUCCAUGAGAUGUUUAACUUCCAAGACGAUUUUUUCACUGGCUAUGUUGAUCUAAACCAACUACUGGAUGAAGACACAGAGUCCAACAAUAGCUGUUAUUUGAAGAACUCGUCAAAGGACUGAUCUCAUAUUAAGUCUAUGGAGACCUGUGCUCAGAACGUUUUGGAUAAGAAAGCUUUUAUUUAUAGCGUUUUGUUUUCAAUUAGGUUACGUAGAUAACACGGCAUUGAGAAUACUUUCUCCUUCUGUCGUCGUUGGUUACUAAUUGCUAUGUGUGUUACUUCCUUCAUCACAAUGUUCUCAAAAAGAUCAUCUUUCUCUAAUGUAUUUUAUAUACUACGGUUGA